UAUAUGGAUGCUUACAAUAAAUACGGCAACACUUGAAGGAAAAAAGCCUUCAGAAGCGUCAUUUAAGUCAUACUUCAGCAAGAAAUUUAAUUCAGCGCGCCAUUUUGUUUUUUUUUUUCUUGUUGUUUUGUUGUAUUUUGACGGACUGCGUAGAGAGCACCACCACAAUUUUUUUUUUAGCAAAUCAAGAUAGCGAAAAGUUGAAUUGUGUGUUAAAUGAAGUUUUUUUUAAGAAAAUAAAACGAAGAAAUAGAGAAAAAGCAGCCAAUUUAUUUAAUUUUUUAUAUAAAAAUUAAUUUUAUGUUAUCGAUGGAAUAAAAAGCUAAAUAAUUUAUUCAAAUAUAUAGUGAUUUUAUAAGAAAUAUUGUGAUUGAAAAAAAAAGUUUUUGUAUUUUUUUUUUCAAACAAAAUAUUCCAUUGUGCCUGAAGAAAUAGUGUUCUUUUUAAAAUAAUUACGAAAAAUAGAAUUUUUAGAAAAAAAGAUAAAAAUAGCUGUGAGAAAAAAUGUAUCCCGUCGGACAACAGCCUCAAUGGACUUCUUCGCCACCUAGGCCACCGAGUCCUUCACAGUCGCAGACUAGCUUCGAUACACUUACAUCACCACCAUCAGCGCCCGGUUCAUCAGUGAAUCCAACAUCAGUUACAAGUCCAAGUACUGUACAAAGUGUUACAUCUGGUACACCGGCAGCUGGUACAAGUACUGGUGGUGGUACUGUUGCAGCGUCUUUAACCGGCGCUGUAACAACGCCGACACCAACUCAACCAGAACUGCCAAUGUUUACAUGUCCCCGCCGACCAAAUCUGGGUCGCGAAGGUCGGCCAAUAACUUUAAGAGCAAAUCAUUUUCAAGUAACUAUGCCACGUGGUUAUGUUCAUCAUUAUGAUAUUAAUAUACAACCAGAUAAAUGCCCGCGCAAAGUAAAUCGUGAAAUUAUUGAAACAAUGGUACAUGCAUAUAGUAAAAUAUUUGGUGUUUUGAAACCAGUAUUUGAUGGUAGAAAUAAUUUAUAUACAAGGGAUCCAUUACCAAUUGGUAAUGAUCGUUUGGAAUUGGAGGUAACAUUACCUGGAGAGGGAAAAGAUCGAAUAUUUCGUGUUACAAUAAAAUGGAUGGCACAAGUUUCAUUAUUUAAUUUAGAAGAAGCUUUGGAAGGUCGUACACGACAAAUUCCCUAUGAUGCAAUUUUAGCUUUAGAUGUUGUUAUGAGGCACUUACCCAGUAUGACAUAUACUCCAGUUGGAAGAAGUUUUUUCAGUUCACCUGAUGGUUAUUAUCAUCCGUUGGGUGGUGGACGUGAAGUAUGGUUUGGUUUUCAUCAAAGCGUUAGACCUUCCCAAUGGAAAAUGAUGUUGAAUAUUGAUGUCUCUGCAACGGCCUUUUAUAAAGCGCAGCCAGUGAUCGAUUUCAUGUGUGAAGUUUUAGAUAUUAGAGAUAUCAAUGAACAAAGAAAGCCAUUGACAGAUUCUCAACGUGUCAAAUUUACGAAGGAAAUUAAAGGACUUAAAAUUGAAAUAACACAUUGUGGCCAAAUGAGGAGAAAAUAUCGUGUUUGUAAUGUUACUAGGAGACCAGCUCAAAUGCAAUCAUUUCCACUGCAAUUGGAAAAUGGUCAAACAGUUGAAUGUACCGUUGCAAAAUACUUUUUGGAUAAAUAUCGUAUGAAAUUGCGAUAUCCUCAUUUACCAUGUUUACAAGUUGGACAAGAGCACAAACAUACAUAUUUGCCUCUUGAAGUAUGUAAUAUUGUAGCUGGACAACGAUGUAUUAAGAAACUGACAGAUAUGCAGACUUCGACUAUGAUAAAAGCAACAGCACGUUCUGCGCCAGACCGUGAACGUGAAAUUAAUAAUUUAGUCAAAAGAGCAGAUUUCAAUAAUGAUUCAUAUGUUCAAGAAUUUGGUUUAACAAUAUCAAAUUCAAUGAUGGAAGUAAGGGGCAGAGUUUUGCCACCACCUAAACUGCAAUAUGGGGGACGCGUUUCCAGUAUGAGUGGACAACCGUUAUUUACUCCACAGAAUAAAGUGAGUCUAGCAUCGCCGAAUCAAGGUGUUUGGGAUAUGCGUGGCAAGCAAUUUUUCACUGGAGUUGAAAUUCGUGUAUGGGCAAUAGCAUGUUUUGCACCACAGCGUACUGUUCGGGAGGAUGCUUUGAGAAAUUUUACUCAACAGUUACAAAAAAUUUCGAAUGAUGCUGGUAUGCCAAUCAUAGGACAACCUUGUUUUUGCAAAUAUGCAACGGGACCAGAUCAAGUGGAACCGAUGUUCAGAUAUUUGAAAAAUUCAUUUAAUGCAUUACAAUUAGUAGUAGUUGUUUUGCCCGGAAAAACUCCCGUUUAUGCUGAAGUAAAACGUGUUGGAGAUACAGUUUUAGGAAUGGCAACGCAAUGUGUGCAAGCUAAAAAUGUUAAUAAAACAUCGCCUCAAACAUUAUCUAAUUUGUGCUUGAAAAUCAAUGUUAAAUUAGGCGGUAUUAAUUCAAUUUUGGUACCUUCAAUACGUCCAAAGGUUUUCAAUGAACCCGUCAUAUUCUUAGGAGCUGAUGUUACACACCCGCCCGCUGGUGAUAAUAAAAAGCCAUCGAUAGCGGCUGUUGUUGGGUCAAUGGAUGCCCACCCAUCAAGAUAUGCAGCAACAGUUCGCGUACAACAACAUCGGCAAGAAAUUAUUCAAGAACUAAGUAGUAUGGUUCGUGAACUUUUAAUAAUGUUUUAUAAAUCUACUGGUGGUUAUAAACCACAUCGAAUUAUAUUAUAUCGGGACGGUGUCUCGGAAGGACAGUUUGUUUCUGUAUUACAACAUGAAUUGACUGCUAUUCGUGAAGCAUGCAUAAAACUGGAAGCAGAUUAUAGACCAGGUAUAACAUUUAUUGUUGUACAAAAGCGUCAUCAUACUAGAUUAUUUUGCGCUGAAAAAAAGGAACAAAGUGGUAAAUCUGGCAACAUUCCAGCUGGUACAACUGUCGAUGUUGGCAUAACACAUCCAACAGAAUUUGAUUUCUAUUUAUGUAGCCAUCAGGGAAUUCAGGGUACAAGUCGACCGUCUCACUAUCACGUUUUAUGGGAUGACAAUCAUUUUGAUUCAGAUGAGUUACAAUGCUUAACAUAUCAACUAUGUCAUACAUAUGUGAGAUGCACAAGAUCGGUUUCGAUUCCAGCUCCAGCGUACUAUGCUCAUUUAGUCGCUUUUAGAGCAAGGUAUCAUUUAGUGGAAAAAGAACACGAUUCCGGCGAAGGAUCACAUCAAAGCGGAUGCUCAGAAGAUAGAACACCAGGCGCAAUGGCACGUGCUAUAACAGUACAUGCAGACACAAAGAAAGUUAUGUACUUUGCUUAAGCUAUCAAGAAUGUCAAUUGCUUUAAAACUUUAUACCUAAAUGUCUUUGCAUUAAUCAACUCUUGAAAAACUAACAUAACAAGGGUCGAUGGGUGAAAAUCAUGGUUGAAUAUAUAAGCUUCAAUGAAAGUAUUUAUAAUUUACAUUAAAUUUAUAAAAUUUAUUGAUGUAAAAUAAAUAAUAUAUAUCUGUGUUUAAUAUGAUUGAUAUAUUAAAACAUACAUAGAUAUAAAAAAUAGACAGAUACAUAUGAACUUAAUUUAGUUUUUAAAAAUGAAUAUGGAUUUGAAAUUUAACAAUAUUUUUUAUAUAUAUAAUAGUAAUUUUUUAAUUUUUAAUUUAUUAACAAAAUGUAAUUUUAUUAUAUAAGAAUAUAACAAAAAAGGACGUCUAAAGCUUUAAAUACCAUGAGGGAUGUAGAAAAGAAAUUGAAAAUUAUUUGAAUAUUUUUUAUUCAGCAGAAAAUUUUUUACAAUUUUCUUUUUUCUUUAGUGUAAAAUUUUAGUAUUUAAGAUAAAAGAUUACAAAUGAAAAAAAAAAUAUUUAUAAAUAGGAAAUUGUUUUUUAAAACGUAUUAUUAUAAAAAAGCAAAAGGUGAUGUAAAUUUACUGCUUUAAUCAUUAUUCUAUAUAUGGCUAAUAUUUACAUAUUGAAAUGUAAAUUUGAUGCUAGUAACUUAAUUAAAAUCAUGUAUUAGAAAUACAAUUUGUUGGAAAUACAGUUUCUUUUUUGAUAUAUUCAAAACAAAUUUAUGGAAAAUUUGUUAUGAAAGUAAAAGUAUUUAAAUAAUAAUUUACAAAAAAAAUAAAUUAACACUAGAUUUUUGUAAGUAGAUAGUUGCAAGGUUUUCUUUUAAACUCUACUUUCAUUUUUGACUGCAAAAAAAAAAAAUAUUGUUAAUUUCAUUAUUUUAAUGCUAUAAUAAAAUAUGAAAGACGUGAAUUAUUAAAUAUUAUUUAAGUAUGAUAAAGUUUAAUUUUAUUCAAAAUUUAUGUCAUAAAGAUUUUUUUUACAAAGUAAUUUUUAAUAAAUUUUAAAAUAUAUGGUACAGAAUUACCAAUUUAUUUAUAUAUUAACUUAAUUGAAUAAAGUUAAUUCUGAACAGUAAAUUUACAUCAAAUUUCCAAAAUACACCGGAGUACACUUACAAAAACCAUGCAAUACUUAUAACCAUUACAUGAUAAACUAUUUAUACUUUAACUUACUAUUAUAAAAUUUUACUUUAUAUAAAUGGCAAUUAUUGUAUACAAACAUAUGAAUGCUUCAUUUUAUUUUUAAGUUAAAUAUGUAAAAUAUAAAAAUUUGAACUACAAUAAGUAUAAAAUUUUUUAACGAAAAGAUAUACAAGAAAAGAAAGUCAAACAAAACUGCUUAUUUAGCUUUUUAUUCAAUAGAAAACAUAAAAAUGAAAUAAAAAAAAUGCAAUUUUUUUUAAAUUAAUGAUUAACGCUUAUCAAUUAUAUUAAACAAAUUAUUCAAAAGAAAUUAUCUCAAUUAUAUGUACCGCUUGUCAAAAAAUCAAAUUAAUUUAAGAAUAUUAUUAUUGGCCAAUUAAAUAUUAAAAUAAAUAAAAAAAAAUUAUGAAAUUAAUCUAAAAAUAAUCUUAAAUUCAUUAAAAAAAUCGCAUAAGUGAAACUGGAAAAUGAUUUCGAAAUGCUAAAACAUAUUAUAAUAGGGACAAUAGUUAUUUAAAUGCUAUAGGAUUAUGUGAAAAUGAAAAUAAAUUUCAAACAAAAUAUUUAUUAUUUGAUAAAUAUACUUUUUUAAUUCAUUAACAUUCAAAAUAAAAUUGCAGUUAAAUUCAAAAUAACAUGCAUAAUAUUUCAUACAUAUCUUUAAAUUCAACUUCAUAUUAUUUAAUCGAUAUUUUCCAAAAUACACGUUGCAAAAUUCAAACAUUUUUUCAGCUUCA